CCCACCAACUCCGAAUCAUCAUAUCCUAAAACCAAACACCCCCGGAGCUGUAGUCCUAAGCACGGCCUCGUCAAACGCCUUUGCUUACUGAGGUUUCUGGCCGGGAGUACAUGCUUGGAUCCCACCACGACGUGCUUGUGUUCCCGUAAUUUCUUGGCAAGAACAGAGACGUCGUCCCCUGUUGUUGUUGUGGACAACUGCCGAGGGGGGUCGUUGAGAGAUCUCGUGGCGAGUCAAUACUCCACCAACGCCACCAACCCCGAGACGACGACGACGAGGACCCCACCGUUCCAAUCAUCACCUCCUCCAUCGUAGAAGCCAGAAGCCAGAAGCCAGAAGCCAGAAGCACGAAUUUUGGCAGACGGGAGCUGGGUUUUCUUGAAGGAGAGGAGGGAGAGAGAAAAUGGCUCACGCCGUCAGGACUCCGAAUUGCCCUCUGAACAUGCAGGUUUUUGCUAAGAGCUCGAGACCCAGAUUCGCCGUCUCGGUCGCCUUGGGGUCUCAGUUCUUGGGGGCGUCGGAGCUGAAGCAUUGCAAGAACCCGCGGGUUGCGGUUAAAGUUCCUUCCUUUAAGGUCGCGGCUUCGGUGGCCACGGCUGAGAAGCCGUCCAAGGUACCGGAGAUCGUGUUGCAACCCAUUAAAGAGAUCUCUGGCACGGUGACGUUGCCGGGCUCGAAGUCGCUUUCCAAUAGGGUUCUGCUUCUUGCAGCUCUCUCGGAGGGAACAACUGUCGUAGACAACUUGUUGAAUAGUGAUGAUGUCCAUUACAUGAUUGGAGCGUUGAGAGCUCUUGGUCUGAAUGUAGAGGAAGACAAGUCUAUCAAACGGGCCAUCGUGGAAGGUUGUGCUGGUCAGUUUCCUGUUGGAAAAGAAUCGAGGGAUGAAGUCCAACUUUUCCUUGGAAAUGCAGGGACAGCUAUGCGUCCCUUGACAGCUGCAGUGACUGCUGCAGGUGGAAACUCUAGCUACAUUCUUGAUGGAGUGCCGAGAAUGAGAGAGCGACCUAUUGGAGAUUUGGUCACUGGUCUGAAGCAGCUUGGGGCAGAUGUUGAUUGUUUCCUUGGCACAAACUGUCCUCCUGUGCGCAUUAAUGCGAAGGGUGGGCUUCCAGGGGGGAAGGUGAAGUUGUCUGGAUCCAUAAGUAGUCAAUACUUGACUGCUUUGCUAAUGGCUGCUCCUUUAUCUCUAGGGGAUGUGGAGAUUGAGAUCAUUGACAAGCUAAUUUCCAUUCCUUAUGUUGAGAUGACUCUAAAGUUAAUGGAACGAUUUGGGGUUUCUGUUGAGCAUAGUGGUAGCUGGGAUAGGUUCUUGGUCCGAGGAGGUCAGAAAUACAGGACUCCUGGAAAAGCUUAUGUGGAAGGUGAUGCUUCAAGUGCUAGUUACUUCCUAGCAGGUGCAGCUGUCACUGGGGGAACCGUUACUGUUGAAGGUUGUGGUACGAGUAGUUUACAGGGCGAUGUAAAAUUUGCUGAAGUCCUUGAGAAAAUGGGGGCUAUAGUCACCUGGACAGAGAACAGUGUUACAGUGACUGGACCUCCACGGAAUUCUUCUGGAAGAAAGCAUUUGCGCGCUAUUGAUGUCGACAUGAAUAAAAUGCCAGAUGUUGCCAUGACUCUUGCAGUGGUUGCUCUUUUCGCUGAUGGGCCCACUGCAAUUAGAGAUGUGGCAAGUUGGAGAGUGAAGGAAACGGAACGAAUGAUUGCUAUAUGCACGGAGCUCAGAAAGCUGGGUGCAACAGUUGAAGAAGGGCCAGACUACUGCGUGAUUACUCCUCCAGAGAGACUGAACGUGACAGCUAUCGACACUUAUGAUGAUCAUCGAAUGGCCAUGGCUUUUUCACUCGCUGCUUGUGCAGAUGUUCCAGUUACAAUCAAGGAUCCCGGUUGCACAAGAAAAACUUUCCCUGACUACUUCGAAGUUCUCCAGAGUGUCACGAGCCAUUAAAAAUAUGCGAGCGAGAGACUUCAAGCGUGUUGGUAAUGCCCGUCACUACCCUUAAGCAAUGUCAAUGCCCCGUAGUCUGAUUGUAUGUUUUCCUAUACAUGGUUGUGGGAGCUACUCCUUGGAAUGUACUCUGGGACCUCACCCAUAAAGUUUCGAUAGGGUGUAGAAUCCUAAUUUAAUCGGGAACUGUACUAGCCAAUUUUUGUGUAGGUGAGUCUUCCAUUCACCUAAAUUUCGUUCUCAUCUUGUCUUUGGUACUUAAGUUGUAGACCUGUUUAGUGGUAACCGCUUGAUCGUGAUGAAACAACUAAUAAAGUUUGGCCGAUUAGUUGCUCGUAA